AUUGUCAGCGUCUUCUCACAUCGAAAUGUCAACCACCAACCUUUCUCUUGUCUACGGUGUACUCCUCUACGAGGGCAUGUCUAUUCUAGACAUCUAUACCCUCCUCGAAUUUCUCAACGUUAUCUCCCUCGACCUCCCCCUCAAGAUCCAUCUCAUCAGCGCGGAGGCCUCCAAUGUGGUGUCUACGAAAGUCGGCCAGAAUUAUAUCACGAAGAUAAAGCCCGCCUUUUUGGGCGGCGAGCAAAGGAUGGUGGCCGAUUUUUCCCUCGACAAUGCUCCCGAUGUGGAUGUCAUUGUUGUUCCGGGAGGGACGGCCUCAGAGGAAGUGAUAUUGGACGGAAGAGUGACAGAUUUCUUGAAGACACGAUACCCUACCUUGAAGUACCUGAUUGGAAUAUGCACCGGUGGUGCUAUUAUUGCAGCCUCAGGACUACUCGACAAUAAGCGGGCUGCAGGGAGUAAGUCCUUCUGGUCUUGGGUGUCUUCUCAAGGAACCAACGUGUCCUGGAUACCAAAAGCCCGCUUCAUGAACGACGGAAACAUUUGGACGAGCAGCGGUCUCACUGCCGGCUUAGACCUUAGUUACGCGUUCCUUAAGGAAGUGUACGGGGAAGAGGUCGCGGAGAAGGCAGCGUUGGUGCUGGAGUACAUUCCGUCGGAAGAUCCUCUGACGGACCCGUUCGCUGCAAAGUACGGUCUGGUUUGAGCGUGCAUGACCGCGCAUGGAUGUGUAGAUAACCAGGAAUAGGGACUGUCACUGAUCAAUGGGACGCACCUAAUUUUCACAUGCCUUG